AUGGCCGACCUAGUGCAGGAGACGGCAAAGAUGAGCGUUGAUGCGCCGGGCGAGAAAGUCUACAUCGAUGAGCGUACCGGGAGUGAUAGUCAGGGCAGCGGCACAGAGGCACAGCCGUACGCGACUGCCUCUGCUGCCAUGCUCGCCAAAGGCGCCGACAUCCAACUCAUGACACGCAAGGACGAAGCUUCGCCUUUUGAACCGAUAUCUGGCGCUGGGCAGAAGAAGGCCAAGAAACUAUACGAGGUCGCUCAGAAAAAGCUGAAAAAGGCCGAGGGACAUGCCGCGCAGGACAAGGAACGUCAGGCGCAGGAGCAAAAGAAGCUCGACGAAAGCAAAAAGAUUGUAAUCCAGCCGCCUGCAGAUGCACAGCCUCCCAAAAAGAUCAAGAUACUUCAGGGGAUCGACAGCCGCGACAUGCGCGUUAAGGUGUGCGGCUGGGUGCAUCGUCUUCGUGUCCAAAAAGACCUCAUCUUCAUGGUGCUGCGCGACGGAACAGGCUAUCUGCAAUGUGUGCUACAGGGGCCCAUGACACAGACUUACGAUGCACUCACGCUUGCCCUUGAGAGCACUGUCGAGAUGUACGGUGUGAUCAAGGCGCUGCCGGAAGGCAAGACCGCGCCGGACAACCACGAACUUGUCGUAGACUAUUGGAAGAUGCUUGGUAAAGCGCCUGGCGGCGACGACGCCAUCACAAACAAGAUCUCGGAGAAUGCCGACCCUUCUAUCCUCGCAGACAACAGGCAUCUUGUGAUUCGCGGCGAGACGGCGUCAAACGUGCUCAAAGUGCGCUCCGCCAUGCUUUCUGCUUUCCGCACCGAGCUGCACUCGCUGGGAUUGACCGAAGUCACACCUCCGUGCAUGGUGCAGACCCAGGUAGAGGGCGGUGCGACCUUGUUUAAGUUUGAUUACUAUGGCGAGCAGGCGUUCCUUACCCAGAGCUCACAGCUUUACCUCGAGACGUGUCUUCCGAGUCUCGGCGACGCGUUUUGUAUCCAGGAGAGUUUCCGUGCAGAAAAGAGCCACACGCGCCGUCAUUUGAGCGAGUUUACGCACCUUGAGAGCGAGCUUGCUUUUAUCGACUUUGACGACUUGCUCACGCACAUUGAGCAAAUGAUUACCGGCACGGUCGAUCGCCUGCUUGCCGACCCAAAGAUGCGCACGGUGAUUAUGCAGCUCAACCCCGACUUUGUACCGCCCCAGCGGCCAUUCAUGCGGAUGGACUACAAAGACGCGAUCCAGUAUCUGAACGAGCACGACAUCCUGAACGAGGAAGGCAAGCCGCACGAGAUCGGAGACGAUAUCGCCGAGGCGGCCGAGCGUAAAAUGACCGACCAGCUUAACGUGCCGAUUUUGCUGCACGGAUUCCCGCGCGAAAUCAAAUCGUUUUACAUGAAGCGGGUCCCGGGCGACGAGCGCUUUACGGAGAGCGUCGAUGUGCUUAUGCCGGGCGUCGGCGAGAUCGUUGGUGGCAGUAUGAGGAUGUCGGAUCCAGACGAGCUUCUCGCGGCGUACAAGCAGGAAGGGAUUGAUCCAGCGCCGUACUACUGGUACACGGACCAGCGCAAGUACGGGACGUGCGAGCAUGGCGGAUACGGUCUUGGUGUAGAGCGCAUCCUGGCGUGGCUUACGCGGCGCUGGACUGUGCGCGAAGCCUCGCUGUACCCACGCUGGACAGGCCGCUGCAUUCCGUAG